AUGAUGACACUGGAUAGAAGUAGUGAAGUUGAAACUUCAACAGGCAAACGGUUGGUUCAAAAAAGAAAAUCAUCGAAGUCGAUCGAUGAAUUAACAGCUACAACAUCAAAAGAAAAAGAAAAAAAAGCAAGAAGGUUGGAUAUGGGUAAAACUCAUGAAAAAACUUCAAUAGCCGAACGACUAAUUGAAAGAAGAAAAUCAUUGAAGCUUAUUGAUGAAUCAGCCGAUACAACAGCAAAAUCCAAAGAAAAAAAGCUACUUUACUGUGACGGUCUUGAAUGUCAGCGUUUAAUCUUAAAGUCAAAAAUUCCAACAAUAACAAUGUGGUCAACAGAGGAUUUGAAUAACAGACAGUCUUUUGAAAUUGAAGAUGGUGGGUUUGGAUAUGGAAAAGUUGUUAUCACACAAAUGACGAGAGAUAGCGAGGGACCGUCCAAUGUGAAAGACAAUCUUUAUGACACUGUUGAGGAAUAUAAAGAGAACUUUGAUAAGAUGUUCAAUAAAGUUUCAUCUAGAAAGGAGGACAUGUAUGGAAUUGUUUCUGAUUGUAUAUCAAAUUUCCCAGAUGUCAAUAUAACAAAUGAAUUGAAAGAGAAGUUCAUUAAGUUAUUUUCAUAUCCUAUUUUUUCAAGUGCUGAUAAUCAAAACAAUGAAAACGAAAAAAAGGAUCACAUGAAAGGGUUGAAUCUCAAAAUGAGUUCUGAGUUAUUAGAUGAAACUAAAUCUUUUGACGAGCGAGUUUUAACUUUUGAGACUCGUGUUGAUAAGUUUCUAUCUAAUUUCAAGGCAAAUGUAGAUUUCAAUGAUCUUAAACUCGUGGUUUUCCCAAUACUUAAUGGUGAUCAUAUGUAUGUUGUUGUUUUCAACCUAACAUAUCCACAAGUUCAUAUUAUAGACAGCAUAGAAACAAAAUCGUUAGAAGAAACUUAUGGAAUGACACCUACAUCAUUAAAAUUGUACUUUAUACGAUAUCUGGAGAAAACUACAUUUAUCGUCAAUAAAAUCAAAGGUUUGCGAUCAACAACAGUGAAGAUGAUGAAAAUUGACUGGAACACAAAGAAGUUAACAACAUAG